UGUGCAAUUUUUUGCCAUUAGAAUAUUUGACACAAGCAAGUUUUGUUAAGGUGUACAAUUAUAUUUCCAAAUGCAAACUACCGUUUGAUGACAAGAUUAUGCUGUUGCAAAAAUUUAAUGUGCAGAUUUGGUUAAAUGGUACAACAAAUAGUCAUGUCUACAUUCUUGAAUUAUUAUAUAUUAUAGAAAACUCAAUCUUGUGUUUUAACGCUUCUGCUUCUGAAGGAGUUGACGAGAAACUGUAUGAAGUUUACAAGAUUUUUGUUCAUCAUAUGAUGUGCAUAUGCAAAUAUAACUAUCCCACAUACUAUUGGACUAUAUUAAAUAUAAUUUUAAAAGGGUUUAACAAUUUAAGUGUGACAACCUAUUGUCUAGAAUGUUUUAUAAAUGAAUAUUGUCGUAAUAGAAAAAUUAUAUUUUCUGAAAAAGAUACAAAUUAUGAUAAGACAUUUUGGUCAGAAAUGAAGCCCAACCCAAAUGUAAAUAUAAUUUUAUUAGAUACUUGUUCAUAUUUGAAUCAACAUUUUCUAUCAGAGCGUUUACAAAAUGGUGUGUUUGGUCUAUAUUCCAAAUAUCAAAAAUAUCUAUCUGAAAUCAGAGUCUUGCUAGCAACUGUAACAUGUUGUGCUGCUUAUAGCGUUAAACAGAGAAUUAAUGAAUCAUCCAAUGUAGACAAAAUUCAAAUAGUGGAUAUUAUUCUUUCAAUGUGGAAACCUUGGUUAGUGCCUUUGCAUCAAUCAAAAUUAACUCAUAAACCUCCCGAUUGGGUAUUGCAAUUAGCUUUAGAUGGACCAUUACUGCCUUGCUCAGCUGAUGAUGGAGCAGAAAUUAGUAAAAUGAUGUCUACCUUUAUGGAUUGUGCAUCUAAUUUAAAUAUAUAUACUAAAGAUGACGAUGUGAUGAAGUAUCUUCUAGAUGUGUAUGUAUCAGAUUUUUGUCAUCCAAAAGUUCCUAAUUUUAUUAUCAAGCACAUGAACAAUGGACUGUUACAAACUUCUUGGAAGGAUUAUAAAGUCAGAGUAGAUGAUGUUGUGAACAUGCACAGAAUUUUUAUGCAAUUUUUACCAGAGUGCCAUUACUUCAUUGGUCAAAUAUUUGUUCAGAUACAAUGGAAAGAAUUUUUACAACCUUAUUGGGAAACUCAGGACAUUAGGAAUAAUGUUAAUAUUCUAUCUUUUUUUAUUGACUUAAUAGUUCAUGCAACAUAUGAACCAUCUUUACGAAAUAAAAGUGAAAUACUGGACCUGAUAGAUGCGCUAUCAAUAUAUAAUUGGAGCAUUAUUGAGAGUUCAACAGUAGAAACAUUAACAAAUUGGUUUGUGAUGUCGGUUAGUCCUCUUGGCCUUGUAAAUAAAGGAACUGAAUACGCUACUGAUAGGGCUGUACUAAGAAUGAUCGAAUCUACUUUAGGGGAUCAAUUAAAUAAUUUUUCGAAGCUGUUCACUAUUAUAAGAGCUAAAGUGAAAGUUUUGAGCAUUAUCGCAAAACGGAAUUUAGCCACAAAUGCAGCAGAAAAGUCAGAAUUUCAAAUGAUUGUACAUAAUUUAUUUAUUUCAACAGAAAAUUUUAUAAACAGCAAAGAAAACAAUGAAAUGGCUAUAUUACAAGGAUCUGAAAUAUUCAAAGAAAUUUUCAUGCUCUUCAACCUAAAUGAUCCUCGAUAUAAUUAUGGAGACUUAGUACAAAAGGCAGUUACAGAUUACAUAAAUAAGGGUGUGCAAAUAAUUUGCAUAAAAUCUAUAUUACGGAUUAUAAGCUCCUUGACAAAUGAAACAGCUAAUGCAACAAUCAUGGAAGGGUUACUGGAAGCAUAUUUUGCAAAUCUGAGAGGUAGUGAAGAACAAUCUCUAAAACACUGGGAUAUUCUUAAUGGAGAAAUAGGCCAAAUAUUUGUCACAUCUGUAAAAACGUUAGCGACAGGUUCACACAUAUUAUCAAUGCAUAUCUUUUACAUGCGAUUGUGUUCAGAAACGGAUUCCGAUAAACUCUUAAAAAAUAUUGAAAUAAUGCUAAGCAGUUUACAUUAUAUUUUACCUAGUCUAAACAAUGAACAUCUUAUACCACUAUUGUGGUUUGAUAUAUUGAGAAUUUUAAAUAAUAUUUGUAUUAGUAAUGAAAAAGUCGCCGUUCAGCAUAUGGCAAAUUUUUGUGAUUAUUUGGAAAAAAUUGCAGAAUCUUCCAUGGGAAUUUUAGAAAUGAUAAAAUUGAAGCGAAGCUCAAUAACGGAGAAAUUCAAAAUAUUAAGUCGGAUUUUGCAAACACUGCUGUCGUCUAGGUUGUGUUUUGUGGAUAAUGAAUUAUCAUUGAAAUCUGGCAACAGAGAUGAAAAACAUUAUGAUAAUUUUCAAAAAUUGGAAAGUUUAAAAGCAGAUCUAUUAUCUAAGAAAUCGAGUGGAGUUGAAAAGUUACUCUUGGAAAAAGGAAUGGAAUAUAUAAAUAAUGAAGACGAUAAUACUCCACUUAAUUGCUUGUUUAAAUCUCUUUUAACAAUAGCAUAUGAGAAAUCUUAUUUUGAAUGUUUGUAAUACUGAUAAUGUAUUUGCUGAUUUUAGAUAAUUAUUAUCGCAGGUAUUUAGUUUUAAGAAAUAUUUUAAUUUAACUGUAUAUAUUAUACUAUAUU